AGGCGGCGCUUCCGGUCGCCGCCGCUGUCCUGAGAGAGAGAGCAAAAGAGAGGCUGAGGCGAGCAGGGAGCUGGCCGGGUGGGGACCCCCGCAUUACCGUCUUCCUUUCCCCCCCCAAAACACCCCGGGUGAGGGUGAGGGGAGCGAAGGUUGGGGCCCCUCGACCUCAUGGACCGGGAGGAGGCGGAGGCCGCCGAGGAGCGGGGCCCCGCUGUGUGGCCUUGAGCCCGGUGUAUUAGUUCUGCUUAUCUGGAAGAUCAUGGAGAAGAGACUGGGAGUUAAGCCAAGCACUGCUUCCUGGAUUUUAUCAGACAUUUGUUGGCAGGCAUUAAUGAAGUGGUUGAGAGGCCUGUACCUGUUUUAUACUUGCUUCUACUUCAGUGCACUAUGGUUGUCAACAGAUGCCAGUGAGAGCAGGUGCCAGCAGGCGAAGAAACAGUUUGGAGUUGGCCUGAGAUCUGGGGGAGAAAAUCACCUCCAGCUUUUUGAAGGAACCUCCUCUCUCCAGUCAUGUUGGACUGCCUGUUGCCAGGACUCUGCCUGCCAUGCCUUCUGGUGGUUAGAAGGGAUAUGCAUUCAAGCAGACUGCAGUAGGCCCCAGAGCUGCCAGACUUUUAGGACAGAGUCUUCUAAUUCCAUGCUGGUGUUUUUAAAAAAAGUUCACACUGCAGAUUAUUUGGGCUUUCCACCUGGAGAUGACGUACCACAUUCUCUGGGGCUAGAUUGGAACAGGGCAUCUUGGAGGAGACAGGACCCACCCAAAGCUCCACUCAAACCUGUGAUAUCUUUGAGUAACCAGCAGAGGUUAAUCAGGAAGCUUCAGAAGAGAGAGAGUUCCAGUAAAGAAGUAGUUUUACCUAUAGUGUCAUUGCAGCCGGAAAUGAAUGAUUCCAAGGUACUAGGUGAUCUGAGUACCAAUGGCUCUUUAGAGGUUCACAAGGCAGUUACAGUUUUCAAUCUCUCAACUACAGUCCUGCCUGCAGAUACUUCUAGUUCAAAGAAUGUAUCACUCCACCCUGAGACAUCAGAGGAGCCUAGUGCUGUGCCCAUCACUCAACAAACAAGGAACCCUGGGAAAAACCCAACUGCUCUGCCAAUUGCUCCCUCCUACAGUUAUGCUACCUCUGCUCCCCAGACUCUCCAGAGCACCUCAGCACCAUACCCAGUUAUAAAGAAAUUGGUGGUAUCUGCUGGAGAUAGUGUCCAGAUUACCCUGCCUAAGAAUGAAGUUCAGUUAAAUGCAUAUGUUCUUCAAGAACCACUUGAAGGAGAAAACUACACCUACAACUGGCAGCUGAUUACACAUCCUAAAGACUACAGUGGAGAAAUGGAAGGGAAAUAUUCUCAGCUCCUCAAACUAUCCAAGCUAACUCCAGGUCUGUACGAAUUUAAAGUGACUGUAGAUGGUCAAAAUGCCCAUGGAGAGGGCUAUGUGAAUGUAACAGUCAAACCAGAACCCCGUAAAAAUAGGCCUCCUGUAGCCAUCGUGUCCCCACAGUUCCAGGAGAUCGCUCUGCCAAUCACUUCUACAGUCAUUGAUGGCAGCCAGAGCACUGAUGAUGAUAAAAUCGUCCAGUACCAUUGGGAAGAACUUAAGGGACCUCUGAGAGAAGAGAAGAUUUCUGGAGAUACAGCCAUAUUAAAAUUAAGUAAGCUCGUCCCUGGGAACUACACUUUCAGCUUGACUGUUACAGACUCUAAUGGAGCUACCAACUCCACAACUGCAAACCUAACAGUGAACAAAGCUGUGGAUUACCCUCCUGUGGCCAAUGCUGGCCCCAUUCAAGUGAUUACUCUACCCAAAAACUCCAUCACCCUCUUUGGGAACCAGAGCACUGAUGAUCAUGGCAUCACCAGCUAUGAGUGGUCACUCAGCCCAAGCAGCAAAGGGAAAGUGGUGGAGAUGCAGGGUGUUAGGACACCAACUCUGCAGCUUUCAGCCAUGCAAGAAGGAGACUACACUUACCAGCUCACAGUGACUGACACAAUCGGACAGCAGGACACUGCUCAGGUGACUGUUAUCGUUCAGCCUGAAAACAACAAACCUCCUCAGGCAGAUGCAGGACCAGAUAAAGAGCUGACCCUUCCUGUGGACAGUACAACCCUGGAUGGCAGCAAGAGCACAGAUGAUCAGAAAAUUACCUCAUACCUUUGGGAAAAAACGCAAGGACCUGAUGGGGUGCAACUCAAGAAUGCUAAUAGCAGCGUUGCCACCGUGACUGGGCUGCAAGUGGGAACCUACGUGUUCACCUUGACUGUCAAAGAUGAGAGGAAUCUGCAAAGUCAGAGCUCUGUGAAUGUCAUUGUUAAAGAAGAAAUAAACAAGCCUCCUAUAGCCAAGAUAACUGGAAAUGUAGUGAUUACAUUGCCCACGGACACAGCGGAACUGGAUGGCUCCAAGUCCUCAGAUGACAAGGGAAUCAUCAGCUACCUAUGGACUCGAGAUGAAGGGAGUCCAGCAGCAGGGGAGGUGCUGAAUCACUCUGACCACCACCCAAUCCUCUUUCUUUCCAAUCUGGUCGAGGGAACCUACACGUUUCACCUGAAGGUGACUGACGCGAAGGGUGAGAGUGACACCGACCGGACCACUGUGGAGGUGAAGCCUGAUCCCAGGAAAAACAACCUGGUGGAGAUCAUCUUGGAUGUCAACGUCAGCCAGCUAACUGAGAGGCUGAAGGGGAUGUUCAUCCGCCAGAUUGGGGUCCUCCUGGGGGUGCUGGAUUCUGACAUCAUUGUGCAAAAGAUUCAGCCAUACACGGAGCAGAGUACCAAGAUGGUAUUUUUUAUUCAAAAUGAGCUUCCUCACCAGAUCUUCAAAGGCUAUGAGGUGGCAGCAAUGCUCAAGAGUGAACUGCAGAAGCAAAAGGCAGAUUUUCUGAUCUUUAGAGCCCUGGAGAUCAAUACUGUCACAUGCCAGCUGAAUUGUUCUGACCAUGGCCACUGUGAUUCAUUCACCAAACGCUGUAUCUGUGACCCUUUUUGGAUGGAGAAUUUUAUAAAGGUACAGCUAAAGGAUGGAGAAAGCAACUGUGAGUGGAGUGUCUUGUAUGUUAUUAUUGCUUCCUUUGUCAUUGUCGUUGCCUUGGGAACCCUGUCCUGGACUGUGAUCUGCUGUUGUAAGCGGCGAAAAGGAAAACCUAAGAGGAGAAGCAAGUACAAGAUCCUGGAUGCCACUGAUCAGGAGAGCCUGGAGCUGAAGCCCACUCCUCGAGCAGGUAUCAAGCAGAAAGGCCCAGUACUGAGCAGCAGCCUGAUGCAUUCUGAGUCCGAGCCAGACAGUGAUGAUGCCAUCUUCACAUGGCCAGACCGAGAGAAGGGCAAACUUCUGCACGGUCAGAAUGGCUCCGUGCCCAAUGGGCAGACUCCACUUAAGGCCAGGAGUCCCCGGGAUGAGAUCCUAUAGUCCUAACCUGGUCUGUUUGCUCAGGGAAGUGUGGCAGUGCCAGGGCCCCGCACAUAGCCAGGCUGUUCACACACCUCCCCUGUUGGUGGGCAGCUGCUCUCCCAGCCUUUGUUGGUCACUCCACCCUGACACAUCUGACAAGAACUGCAGGUACUUGAAUCUAGAGAUGUUCUCCAGGAACCCCUGAACGAAGCUGUGAAUGAAGAGAUUUCUUCUGUAAACCUGUUCAGUAGGGCCCCCCUCCCAAACACCCUCACCUCAGGGCCUCCUUAUUUUGCAGAUUCCCUCCCCAAGUCCUAGUUGUGUUCCCCUCUCCUGGGAACAGAACCAACACCUCUCCUGGCUCCAAGAGCCUCCUGCAGGCUUGUCCUGGGUUCUUCUCUGGUUGGAGGGCACCCUGCACCUGGCCUUGAGGGGUGAUACUGCCUCAUCACCACUGAUGUCCAGCCAGUCAUCCAAAUCCUGGGAGGACUGGCAACUUGAAGUGGAGAAGGGAAGCCUUCUGGCUGCUGCCCUGUUGUCAGAGUUGCGGGGUUGAACAGUGCCCCCUUCUCUUUCUGCCCGGCCUUGGUUGCCUCAGGGCCCAACCCAUAGCAUUGUCCAGAGGAGCAGCCACAAUGAACUGGAAUGUCGUGGCAUGAGCGUGCAUGUGAGUGACUGCCCCACCAUGGUCUCUCCUAUGUCUGUCCCUUAUGUGUCCCUUGCAUGUGUGUUCUGAGUGUGUGCGUGUGUGUGCUCACACAUCAACUCACAGGGCUCUCAGAUGUUCUCAAGGCGUAUUUGACUUGGAAAGACUCCUUGGAACAUAGAUUGUCCCUUAGGCCCUGUCACUGGUUCCUCAGCAGCCAUGUUAUUGGGUGUUGAGGAAUGGAAACAUGGGGUAGAGAAAACAAAAAGAAACUUGGUUUGUACUACUGCAUUUCUGUCUAUUGUGAGAUAAUUAAAUGUGCUAUUUAAUUGUACUUGUACCUGGCUGGUGUGAAUUGUGUUGCAUUCCCGACCUCUUUGCCCAGUAACGUCUUGGUUUUGUGGGGAAAUGCAGCUUCACAUCAGCACGAGGCCCAAGGUGCCAAGGGUCUCCUUAACCACUGCUGAACUACUGCCAAGUGCUCCGCUCUGGUACCAGACUGACCAGACACUUUUCGCUGACUCUCAAAAGAGUGUUCAGUUCUUUCUUCCUUUCCCUUUAACACAAAAUUUAUUAAACUUUUAUGGUCAAUCUGGGUAAUAAAGUCUCCUAACACCUAGGA